AUGAAACCAGAAACUUUAGUAAAAACGGAAUCACCGACUGUAAUAACUUUCAAUGGUAAAAAAAUCAACAUAACUAAAAAACUUAUUGAUAAAUACAAAUAUUGUAAAGUCAGAGACGAUAUAGAUUUAGAAAGAAUUGACACGAACGCAAAAGAAGUCAACUCAAAUAAAGCAGCUGCAGUAAAAGCCGCUGAAGAACGCAGACACAAUUUAACAAUGGAAAAGGAAGCACGAGGUUCAGGAGUGGGAGAUAUGAUAGGCACAAUAAAAGAAUUUGGAAAAAGAUUCGGGGAAGAAACCAAGAAAACUGUUAAACAAGGAUUAAAUAAAUUAGUAGAUGGGAGAAGUCAAAGUCAAACAUAA